AUGUACGGCACCACGGCCAGUGUGGAGAAAGAAGACAGUCAUCCAUCGGAGCACAAGUUUGAGGGGAGAGCAAACGAGACGUGGAUGUUCAGGACCGCGGACGAGCGCUGGGAGAUGUACUCACACCUUAGAAUACUGGAACAGAAAAUCGAAUUGCUCUACCAUGCUGUCAACAAGGUCCAGAAUGAUCAUGAGGAGCUGUCCUCAAUCGUCACGGGUAUAGCACGCGAGAUCAUGUCCGAGGCCUCAGCAAUGAGCGAUUUUGACACAAAAGCGAGCCCUCAGUACUUGAGCUGCGAUUCAGAAACGGAUGGCAUGGAGGGAUCUUCGGACGUUCGUUCCAUCCGUGGUGGCAGCCAUCCAUCCUUCAACCUCGCUGUCAAUCAAACUCACAGGUUCUUGGAUCCAUUCGGGUGUUCUGAACCCGAGGGCAUCAGCGAGCUGCCAGGUAUAACGGCAGAAACUCUGAAGCCAGAAGCUCCAAGGGGCCAACCUGGUGAUUUCCACUUUUCAAAUCCGCUGCACAGCUUGGGAAGAUCCGCGACACCGCCGAUUCAUCUGGAUACAUUUUCGGACACUUCAGAACAGCGUGCAACGCCGCCCCAUCAUCGAUUCAGAUCUGAGUUCGGCAGGCCCCGUCCCUUACCCAUACUGCCCAACCCCUACCUCCCGCCGCCGCGCCCUCCGCCGCACGGCAGGAAGCCAGAAAGUUUAAACCUUGAGUCGUCUCGACCCAUAACUGCGUGCGCGUAUUUCGCGUCGCCGAGCGAGACUCCUCUCUCUCUACCGACGGAACCGGGGGAAGGCCAACACGACAGCAGGCGCUGGACCCACUCGUACGGCCGCGGCUACCGCAUGGGUCGCGACGGCAGGGCCAUGAGGCAUCGAGGAUCAGCUUCUGAACAGACCGACGGCGCAUAUGAUGGACCUUCCAACACGAUCGGGCCUGGUGGAUUUGGGACCCGUGACGAAGUGCUGGACUCCUUGCGCUGGACUUACAGGCCAGAUCAGGGUUGGGUCGGUAAUCAGUCUGACGCACCGGAUCCGGUGUCCACUGAUGACUCUCGCUCGUCUACCGCAUCCUGGAGGCAUGGAGCUUACUUCGGUACAUCGGAUCGAGAACGGGGUCGUUGGGCGAACUGGCGGGAUCGGCCAGCUGAAGGAGGCUCUUCGAACACCACUCGUGGAGAGUGCAUGGCCAGCGACACUGAUGGAGAGUCGAACGACAGCGAGAAGACAACGCAACCGAGGAGCCCUCAGGAGGUUGAUCCAGUCCUCCGCCUGGCGCUCCGGCUUGUCGAAAUCGACUACCAACAGUUCCGCAAGUCCCAAAUUUCCCACACACUUCCUCCUCCAGUCUCGCAGCAGCCCAGUCAGCGCCACGGCCACCGAGAAGACGGUACAAAGGAGCAGCCUGUCGCUCCCCGACGUGCAUCCCUGCCUCAGCAGCCUUGUUCAUUCCUCAGCUCCCACGACAUCUUGGGGCUUGCCGCGAUCGUUCUGCUGAGUCCCGAAGAGAAUGAAGGAUUCCCUCGUGACUUGGAUCCCUGUGUCCGCUACAUGCAGGGCGCCAUACUGUGGGCAUCGUUCCUGCAACGGCCCGCCCCCGACUCUCAAGCCAUGGUGUGGAUGACCGGACAACAGAUCGAAAGCCAUAUCGUGCGCUUUCUCCGGGCUUACUGCACCACCCGCGCCAGGAUCGACACUGACGCUCCCACCUUCUGGCAUCAGGCUCGUGCGAUUGUCUCUGCGCUCCUCAGGAAGGCAGAGCGAUCGCCAAGCGGCCAGGUGACGUUGCUGGAGUUGUGGCGGACGCGUCGCCCUCGUUUGAGAGUUAUGCCGCGCCAGGCGCGUGAUCCGAUGGGGUUCAGGAGAGAGCUUGACCGCGUGCGGAUCAAUGCGCCAUACAUCGGAGGCAGUGUUGGAGGAAGUCAGCCAGACAGUGCAGCGUCUCCUCACAUGAGCAGGUUCCGUGACCUCAUGGCUCGUCGACAUAUGGGUACUAUGGUUGCUUCUCCUGAGUCCGAUGAAAAUUACCGCCAGCACAUGGGCGAGCCGGCGAGCGUGGCAGCGAGAAGAAUGGCCAGGACGUCGCAAAAGAUGGAGGGCGGAAGACUCUACAGCGACCCGUUCAGACAGCAAAAUCAUGAACGUACACGAAUGUCGCCGGCUUUUGGCGGGGGAAGAAAGGAUGAGGACAACUUUGAUCAGAGCUUCGGAUUCUACCGCUAA